CAGGGCAGGGCAGGGCAGGGCAGGGCUGGGCUGGGCUGGCCCGGCCCGGCCCGGCCCGCCCCGCCCCAGCCCCACACCCGGCCCGGGGUCUUCUGCCCCACCCCAGAGCUCCGGCAGGGCCGCUUAACCCUCGCUCCAUCCCAGAACCCCACUAAGGCCGCUUCACCCUCACUGUAUCCCCAUCCCGGGCAGGGUUGCAGCGGUUCCCGCUCCACUCCAUCCUCGCUCCCGUGUCCCGGCCCGCCUCACGGCGCUCGUGUCCCGCAGGCUGGCGAUGAUGCGGGAGGACGAGAAGGGCAUCCCGGUGCGUGUGGCGCUGCGCUGCCGGCCGCUGGUGCCCAAGGAGGCCAGCGAGGGCUGCCGGAUGUGCCUGUCCUUCGUGCCCGGGGAGCCGCAGGUCGUGGUGGACAAUGACAAGGCCUUCACCUACGACUACGUGUUCGACCCGCUCGUGGAGCAGGAGGAGGUUUUCAACACAGCGGUGUCGCCUCUGGUCCGAGGCAUCUUCAAAGGAUACAAUGCCACUGUCUUGGCCUACAGACAGACGGGGUCAGGGAAAACCUAUUCCAUGGGAGGCACCUACACUGCCAACCAGGAGUAUGAGCCCAGUGUGAGGGUCAUCCCCAGGGUCAUCAAGCUGCUCUUUGAGGAGAAACAGCAAAGGCAGGAUUGGGAUUUCAUCCUCAGAGUUUCUUAUCUGGAGAUCUACAACGAGGACAUCCUGGACCUGCUGUGCCCCUCCCAAGAACGUUCCCAGAUCAGCAUCCAGGAGGAUCCCAAGGAAGGCAUCAAGAUUGUGGGGUUGACAGAAAGAAAUGUCACCUGUGCCCAAGAGAUCGUGUCCUGCCUAGAGCAGGGGAACAACUCCAGAACUGUGGGAUCCACAGCCAUGAAUUCCCAGUCCUCUAGAUCCCAUGCUAUCUUCACCAUCUGCAUUGAUCAGAAGAAGAAAAAUGAUAAGAAUUGCAGUUUUCACUGCAAGCUACACCUGGUGGAUCUUGCUGGCUCUGAGAGACAAAAGAAAACCAAGGCUGAGGGAGACAGACUCAAAGAAGGAAUCAACAUCAACAGAGGCCUCCUGUGCCUGGGGAAUGUCAUCAGUGCUCUGGGAGAUGAAAAUAAAAAGGGAGGGUUUGUCCCUUACAGAGACUCUAAGCUGACCAGGCUGCUGCGAGACUCCCUGGGUGGGAACAACCACACGCUGAUGAUCACCUGUGUGAGCCCAGCAGAUUCCAACCUGGAGGAGACCCUGAACACUCUGCGUUAUGCAGACAGGGCCAGGAAGAUCAAAAACAAACCCAUUGUCAAUGUGGACCCCCAGGCAGCUGAGCUGCACCAGUUGAAGCAGCAGGUCCAGCAGCUCCAGGUGUUGCUGCUCCAGGCCCAUGGAGGGACCCUGCCCAUGGCUAUCAAUGGUUUGGCCCCCUCAGAGAGCCUCCAAUCCCUAAUGGAGAAGAACCAAUCCCUGCAGGAGGAGAACCAGAAGCUGAGCCAGGGGCUGAGUGAGGCUGCUGGGCAAACAGCACAGAUGCUGGAGAGGAUCAUCCUGGUAAAGCAAGAAAAUGAGAAGAUGAAUGCAAAACUAGAGCAACUCCAGCACCAUGCUGUGUGCAAGUUGGAUCUGCAGAAACUGGUGGAAACUGCGGAAGAUGAGGAAUUAAAGGAAAAUGUGGAGGUGAUCCGUAACCUGCAGCAGGUGCUGGCUGAGCUGCAGAUUGAAAACAGCGCCACCAAAGCUACUGCAGAGCUGCCAAACUCUGAACAGGAUUCUCCAGGUGAAGCAGAAGUGGGCCAGGAAUCCAAGAGAGCUUCCAAUGACUUCAGCACCCAACAUGCCCUGUGCCAGGCACAGCUCUCCAGGGAGCUGCUGGAGCUCAACAAAGCCCUGACUCUGAAAGAGGCCUUGGCCUAAAAAAUGUCUCAGAAUGAUACUCAGCUAGGGCCCAUUCAGUCCCAGUACCAGACCAAUAUCGAGGAUCUGGAAUUGGAGGUCAGCAAUUUGCAAAAGGAAAAGGAGGAAUUGGUUCUUGCUCUGCACAUGGCAAAGAAGGACAUCAACCAGGCCAAGCUGAGUGAGCAGCGCAGGAAAAGGCUCCAGGAGCUGGAAGCACAAAUUAAUGAGCUCAAGAAGAAGCUGAAUGAGCAGUCCAAGCUCUUGAAGCUGAAGGAAUCCACGGAGCGCACGGUGUCCAAACUGAACCAGGAGAUCAGGGAAAUGAAGCGGCAAAGGGUGCAGCUGAUGUGUCAGAUGAAAGAAGACACUGAGAAAUUCAGGCAGUGGAAGCAGCAGAAGGACAAGGAAGUGAGCCAGCUGAGGGAAAAGGACUGAAAGAGACAAUACGAGCUCCUCAAGCUGGAGAGAGAUUUCUAGAAACAGGCCAAUGUCCUUCAGUGUAAAACAGAGGAGGCAGCAGUUGCCAACAAGCGCCUCAAGGAUGCCCUGCAGAAGCAGAAGGAGGCAGCAGAUAAACGGAAGGAGACCCAAAAUUGGGGCAUGAAAGAAAUUGCUGCACAAGUCAAAAGCUGGCUUGCAAAUGAAGUCGAGGUUCUUGUCAGCACUGAGGAAGCUCGAAGACACCUGGCAGACCUGCUGGAGGACAGGAAAAACCUGGCAAAGGAGCUCCUUCAGCUGAAAGAGAAGAAAGAUGCUGGAGAAAACCCCCCUCCAAAGUUCCGGAGGCGCAUGUACUGUGUGUCCGACCCGCAGGCUCUGGACACGGAUCUCUCCAUCUCCAAGCAGAUGGAGAGCCUGCAAACAGAGAUGGAACUCAGGAGUGCCCAGAUAGCAGAUCUGCAGCAGAAACUCCUGGAUGCAGACAAUGGUGAUCGGGCCAAGCAGUGCUGGGACAGCAUUGCCACCAUCCUGGAGGCCAAAUGUGCUCUGAAGUAUCUGCUGGGAGAGCUGGUCUCUUCCAAAGUGCAGGAGAGCAAACUGCAGAGCAGCCUGGAGCAGAGCCAGGACAGCUGUUCUGACGUGCAAAGGAUGCUGAUGGAAGAGAGAAACCACAUAGCAGAGCUGGAGACAGAGUUCCAAAACCAGAUUUUGGUGCAGGAACAGCAACACCAGGAAAAGGUUCUGUACCUGCUCAGCCAAUUCCAGCAGAAAGAAGCAUCAAAGAGAUUGGAAGAUUCCCUGAAUGAGCAGGAGAAACAACUGCAGGAGCAACUCCGGUUCCAGGAGGAAGAGCUGGAAAAAAUGAGGGAGAUUGGUAAGAAGAACCAGGAACUCCUCGGGGAAAAUGACACUCUGAAACAGAAACUGCUGCUCCUCCGAGUUGCCAGUGGCCAGAAGCUCCGGCACGUCCAGCAAAGGCCACCUGAGUCUUCAGACUCUUCUUUUGAUUAUGUUCCACCCAAACUCAAGAGCCGCCGGCAGACAAUGGCCAAGCCCCGAGCACCCAGCCCCGAAGUGGAUGUGGAGAAGCUGCUUUCUGACCCUGGGGAACUGGAGGAUUCUGACUGGCUUCCUAGGAAAGCAGGCAGAGGAGCAAGGAAAAACCUCAUGGGGUGCUCGUGCAAGGGCCGCUGUGGGAACAGGCAAUGUGGCUGCAAGAGGCAGAAGCUGGCAUGCACCAACGGCUGCAGCUGCGCCACGGCCACGUGCAGGAACAGAGACCGGGGCCUGGAAACCGCAACAUGUGAGGAGCACAAAAGGGACUCGGAAGGGUCCUUGAAGCUGGAAGACCCCACGGAGGUGGAAGCAGAAGACAGCUUCUUGCAGCCCAUGUAUGUCACUACAACCUCAAAGGUCCUGCAGGACAUCACAGACCAGGAGGUGCCCCUGAAGAUUCCCAGCACUGCUGCCUCCCUGCUCAGGAGGGAUGAGUCAUCCCAGGAAAACCAGAACCCCUUUGGGAAGAAGAGGAUGCUGAGCAGCAACAUCAGUUUCUUCUCAGGCUGCACCCCCAUCAAGGAGUUUAACUGACCUGGAGCUUUCCCAUCCCUUUAGGUCACAUUCCUGGUGACUUUAAAGGGAGUUGGAUUCUCCUGCUGAAGUAGCAGCUCCUGCCCUCAGCAAAAGAGUCAAACUGCUUCUUGCUGGUUGUGUAUGUAAAUAUUUGUGUGUUGGGGCCAGGGGGAGGGUAACAAUCUUUUCUCUGUAAUUCCUGGAGUGAAUGGGGGUUAUUUUCCAGGUGGGUUUUCCCAGCUUCCUCCCUCCUGCUGAGCUGUGAACACUGGGUACAGUUUUACCUGUAAUCUUGAAAGAACUUUGCCUUGGCACUGGAGAUCUGCUCCUGCCUCUUCCCACGGAGCCUGAAGGAACUUUUCCAGCUGCCCUGGGAGAUCCAUGGAGUGAGAAGACCCUGGCUGAAGUCUAGACCAGCAGCUCUGAACUGGUCAGGCUUUCUGGCCCCUUUGGCCACUGGACUGUCCUUAUUCAAUGAACUUAGAAACUUGACCUAUGUGAAUAAUGUAGGGAUUUUAACUCUGGUUUGUAGCUUUAAUAAAGGAAUUA